AUGUCGCCGAUCCCCACCUCCUCCAUCAUCCCUACCUCAACCUCCGCGACGAAGACUACUGCCACCACACCAACCGCCAUCACCUGCGAGAACAUUCCUGACGCCCCGUCAGCCACUGCCCUCGCCAUCAUCGCCUCCGUCAUCAACAGCGUAUACUCGACUCCAACCCAUCACCGUUGCUAUCGAGCCUGCCCGGGACCGGCGUACCAGUGCCAGGAGUUCCGGCAUAUGCCCAUCGGACCACAUGCAUUAGCGCGCCGUAUAGGCUUCUUCGGCCACGAGAGUGGAAUUCUCCGCAGUAUCGACAAGUGA